AUGGUGCGCAUUGCACGGGUAUGGGCCGAGCACCACGAGCCGGACACCAUCGGUAUUGGAGAAGACCGGCCACGCAUUUCCUGGAGCUUCGCCGGCGACGACCGAAAUUGGGAGCAGAUCUGCUACGAGGUUGAGGCCAAACACGACGAUGGACGCCUAUCGUCAGUCACUAUCGAAUCAUCUCAAUCUCGACUCGUACCGUGGCCGUUCCGGCCGUUGUCGUCGCGAGAGCGGGUCGAAGUCCGCGUGCGAGUUGCCGGCACUGCCAACUCACGCAGUGACUGGUCAUCGCCGCUGGUGAUUGAGGCGGGCCUGUUGCGCUCAGACGACUGGAGCGGGUGUCAGUUGAUUGAGCCGAGUCAGCCCACCGAGACUGUGCCGGGGAAGCAUCGGCCGGUCAUAUUUCGGCGUCGGCUGGUGCUGCCCGAGGGUGCUGCUGCCAAGCGCGCACGGCUGUAUAUCACGGCACAUGGCAUCUACGAGGCGCACAUCAAUGGGUUUCGGAUUGGGGACCAGCUUCUUGCGCCAGGAUGGACCUCGUACCAGGAACGCUUGGCCUACCAGACGUACGAGAUCGAACCCCAAUUGCUAGCUGGGCAGGAGAACCAGAUUGACGUGGAUGUGGCUGAGGGGUGGUUCUGUGGAUCCCUAGCGUUUCUGUGCAAGCACGACGGAGCGUAUACGGGGACUGCCGUCUGA